UUCCGGUCGGCAUUUUGUUCUACGAGAGGAGGAGAGCCUCUUUCGGCCGAUCGCAACAAAUCGCAACAUUUCUCCUUUUUACGCUCGGAAAAAAAAACAAGUGGCUCGCGCUCAUUGCACAGGUCAACCGCGACGCCGAAGAAAGGACGUUCGUCUUCCUGAUAAACGUGCAAAUAAUUCGGUCGCGAGUUGUGUGACGGAAGAAGGAGCGAACCGAGCCCGACCCCGGAUUAUUGUUGAUAGCUAGCGAGCUAGCCACCUAGCUCGAACGGGGCUAGCUCGGCAGAGCCAAUCCGAGUUUUCUUCUGGAGGAGAAGAAAGGGGGAGCUAGAGAUACGGACACAAAUCCAGGCUAAAACAUUCCCCUCCCUUAGGGCGCCUCAUCCGAAGUUGUGUUCGAGAGGGGGGCCACCCACGGCGUCGUUAAUCGCCGACCGGGAAGGAGAUGGAUGCUAGCGGGGCUAACUAGCUAGAUCAUAGGAAGAUUUGUUUUCAUCUGAAAUGUCACUGUGUCUACCUGCGACGGCACAGCAUUCUUCGACAAGGUGUCAGGAGAUGUGAGGACAGGUGUCAUCCAUCGGCCCCCCCGAUCUACCUGUGUAUCAACACACUCCCCCCCCACCCUCACCUCAAGCAUGAAUGGGGAUAUGCCUCAUGUUCCCAUCACCACUCUUGCUGGGAUCGCUAGCCUGACAGACUUGUUGAACCAGCUUCCCCUUCCGUCCCCACUCCCCGCCACCACCACUAAGAGCCUCCUGUACAAUGGGAGGAUCGCAGAGGAGGUCACCUGUCUACUGGGUUGCCGGGACGAAAACCUAGCUUCCCAGCUUGCCCAUGGCCUCAACCAGGUUUCCACAGAGCACAUAGAGCUAAAGGACAACCUGGGAAGCGAUGAGCCCGAGGGAGACGCGCCACUGCUGCUGCAGACCAUGCUGGCCAGAAACCCUGGCAUCUUCAGGGAAAAAAAUGUUAUGCAGCAGCCGAUGGUACAACAGUACAAGAUCACCCAAAAUUCCAUGCAUAGUCCGGCCCAGUCGGCAAAUUUCCAGCCGGCGGCAAUUUCUCCCAAUCCUUCAAGUCGUUUUGUGCCCCCCCAGACUGGCUCUAGUAGUAGAUACUUGGGCCAGCAAAACAGUCCAGUUCCCAGUCCAUACACACCCCAGAGCCCCGCCCCUGGUUACAUCCAGCAGUACCCCCACCAACAACCACCCAGCUACAACCAACAUCAACAGAUACAGCAAGUGUCCGUGGCCAGUCCAAUGGUUCCGGGAAGUAUACGAAACAUCCACGAAGGCAAGGUAUCAGGUAUCAAUGCUGCCAACCAUCACCCAGACAGGCAUGGCACUGACGACUACUUGAACAUCGUGCACCGGCUCGGCAGUGAGGAGGGGGACUCCGCCUUGAGAAAUCCGUCGUUCCCUCUGAGGUCGCCGCAGUCCGGCUGCUCCCCAGCAGCGGGUGAAGGGACACCCAAACCGGGUUCCCGUCCUCCGCUGAUUCUGCAGUCGCCACCUCCGUAUGCGCCGUCGCCGAGGGAGGGGGGACUCGACCAGAAACAGCAUCUUCAGCAACGCAGGAAGAUUCCCGCUGUGAAAGAAGAGAAAGACAUGUAUGACAUUGUCAGCUCGCCAAACAAAGACUCCACCAAACUCACGCUCAAGUUGUCCCGGGUCAAGUCGAAUGAGUCCGAUCCAUCAGGUGAUACUGUGCCAGGCAUGGACCACAACUCAGACAAUAUGGAGGCGGAACUGGGCUUCCAACAGGUGCCUGUUCUCCAGCAGAACCUGGGAGCCCGUCACCAGCAGGCCGGGGGUGCCGCUGGUUUCCAGCCUCCUAGUUCCCCUUAUGAUGAGGUGGAGCUCGACGCCCUGGCUGAAAUCGAGCGGAUAGAGCGAGAGGCGGCAAGCGAGAAGUGUUCUAAGGAAGUCCAAGAUAAAGACAAGCCACUGAAAAAGAGGAGACAAGACUCUUUUCCCUUGGAGCCAGGUGCCGGGGGACCCGGUGGUCCCACUGGGGCCCCAGGAAGCGGACCUGCAGGAGGGGGCAAUGCUGGCAAACUGACCCCGCAAGAGGCCACGGCAGCAGGCAACGGUGCCAGUCGUCCUCCCCUCAUGGUGAGCAUCGACCUCCAGCAGGCAGGGAGAGCUGACGGCCAGCUUGACCCCUGUCUGGCUGCCCCUGUCCCGGCCCUAGAGGCCCAACGCUGGCCCGAAGAACCUGCUUGCGGGCCCGCUGCCGUAGAAGGUUCUGACACUGCCUUGCGUUUGAAACCGGACGGACGACCAGAGGUCAUCAAGAACAGGGUUGAUAAACAUGAUGGCAGAAGAGACAUUCGGGAGUCGUCCAAACACAGACACGAUGACAAGUCUUCAGACAGGCGGGCGGAGAUGCCCAAGUCGUCGGGCCGAGGGGAACAUGGACGGGACAGAGACAGGGAAUCUGACAAAGAUAGGAGGCAUCGGAGCGAAACCGGCGAUACCCGUUCGAGAAGUGACCGAGAUAGAUUCGGCUUUCGGGCGUCCUCUGUCGGAGAGCCUGGUCGUAGCAGCCAUAGGCAAGACGGUCUCAAGCCGGCUGCCGCGCCAUCUGGCGCUAAGCUUCCAGAUUCUUUCCCCGCUCACCUCCUGGGAGGACAAAGUGACGCACUGAAGAACUUCCAGAUCCCUAAGAUUAAACGUGACAUGCAUUGUGGCGCUCCACCUGAAAGUCCCAUGUGGGGCCAGCCAAAGGUGAAACUGGAGCGGCUGGGUCUGGUGCAGGACUUUGAAAAAAGGCCGAGGCCUGUGGUGGUUUUGAAAAAGCUUUCGGUGGACCAGAUCCAAAGAAUCAUUCGUCACAGUAGGACCGGGAAGAACCGCUUCUCCCCGGGAAAAUAUGGCAAAAGCGGCAUGGAUCCGGCCAUUUUGAAGGAACUGCCGCCCGAGUUGCUCGCGGAGAUUGAGUCGACCAUGCCCCUUUGCGAACGAGUCAAAAUGAACAAGAGGAAAAGGAGUACGACCAACGAGAAGCCCAAAUACGCUGAGGUCAGCUCGGAUGACGAUGCAAAUGGAGAAUCCCCUAGGAAGCGUCAUCGUCGGGACAAAGACAGGUCAUGGGACUUUGAGGAAAGAGAACGACGGUUCUCGGGCGAACACCGGAGAAGUAGUGUCAAAGAGGGCCGGCGAGGCUCAGGCAGCCGUUACCGGGACUCGUCCGAAGAUGAUUCGCCUCCUCCCAGCAUGAGCGAUGUUGCCAGGAAAUUGAAGAUGAAGGAGAAGCAGAAGAAGCGGAAAGCGUACGAACCUAAGCUCACGCAAGAGGAACUGAUGGACUCGUCCACGUUCAAAAGGUUCUCAAACAGCAUAGACAACAUCCUGGAGAACCUGGAGGAUGUUGAUUUCACCACCAUGGCAGCAGACGAUGAUGAGAUACCUCAGGAACUGCUCCUUGGGAAACACCAAUUAAACGAGCUGGGCAGCGAAUCUGCCAAAAUCAAAGCCAUGGGCAUCACCGGCAGGAUCCCAUCAGACAAGCUGGUGAAGUUGCUCAACAUACUAGAAAAGAAUAUCCAGGAUGGAGCCAAGCUCUCUACCAUGAUCAACCAUGACCACGAUGCAGAGGAUGAGGAGAGGCUCUGGAGGGACCUCAUCAUGGAGCGAGUGACCAAGUCAGCUGACGCCUGCCUCACGGCCCUGAACAUCAUGACAUCAGCGCACAUGCCGAAGGCCGUGUAUAUCGAGGACGUCAUCGAGCGGGUGCUGCAGUAUACAAAGUACCAUCUCCAGAACACGCUCUAUCCACAGUACGACCCGGUCUACAGGGUGGACCCGCAUGGGGGUAUCUUGUUAAGCUCCAAGGCGAAGCGUGCCAAAUGCUCCACACACAAACAGCGUGUCAUCAUCAUGCUCUACAACAAAGUGUGUGAUGUCGUAAGCAACAUCUCUGAGCUCCUCGAGAUCCAGCUGCUCACUGACACCACCAUCCUCCAGGUUUCUUCAAUGGGAAUCACGCCAUUCUUUGUUGAAAAUGUCAGUGAGCUGCAGCUGUGCGCCAUUAAACUGGUUACUGCGGUGUUCUCGCGUUACGAGAAGCACCGGCAGCUCAUUCUAGAGGAGAUCUUCACGUCACUGGCCAGGCUGCCCACCAGCAAACGCUCCCUCAGGAAUUUCCGGUUGAACAGCUCGGACAAGGAUGGAGAACCCAUGUACAUCCAAAUGGUGACUGCCUUGGUGUUGCAGCUCAUUCAGUGUGUGGUCCACCUACCCAACGACAAAGACAUUUUUGAGGAGCAUGACAGCAUGGUGGAUCAAGAUGUGUUGAUUACCAACUCGUAUGAGACGGCAAUGCGAACAGCGCAGAACUUCCUUUCUGUUUUCCUCAAAAAAUGUGGCAGUAAGCAAGGAGAGGAAGAUUACCGGCCACUGUUUGAGAACUUUGUCCAGGACCUCCUCUCGACGGUUAACAAACCAGAGUGGCCCGCCGCCGAGCUGCUACUCAGUCUGCUCGGCAGACUCCUGGUACACCAGUUCAGCAACAAGCAGACAGAGAUGGCACUCCGAGUGGCGUCUCUUGACUACCUCGGUACAGUGGCCGCUCGCCUGAGGAAGGACGCAGUCACUAGCAAGAUGGACCAGCGGUCGAUUGAUCGUAUUCUACAACAGUCUCAGGGUAGUGAUGAAACCCAGCAACUGCAAAAGGCUCUACUGGACUAUUUGGAAGACAAUGCCGAUACAGAUGCCUCGCUUGUGUUUGCCAGAAAGUUCUACAUCGCCCAGUGGUUCCGGGACGCCACAACAGAGGCGGAGAAGUCCAUGCGAAAUCAGAACCCAAAGGAGGAUGACUCCUCAGAUGGGCCACAACACGCCAAGGAGAUGGAGACCACGGGUGAGAUCAUGCAGCGUGCUGAGAAGCGCAAGAAGUUCCUACGCAACAUCAUCAAAACCACGCCAGCUCAUUUCGCCAUACUAAAGAUGAACUCUGACACUGUGGACUACGAGGACUCCUGUCUGAUUGUGCGUUAUUUGGCCUCCAUGAGGCCGUUUGCACAAAGCUUUGAUAUUUAUUUAACACAGAUAUUGCGAGUCCUUGGAGAAAGUGCCAUAGCUGUGAGGACUAAAGCCAUGAAGUGUCUGUCAGAGGUGGUGGCUGUAGACCCCAGCAUCCUGGCGAGGUCCGACAUGCAGCGCGGAGUUCACGGCCGCUUGAUGGACAAUUCCACAAGUGUGAGAGAGGCAGCCGUGGAGCUGCUGGGAAAGUUUGUGCUUAGCAGACCGCAGCUCACCGAGCAGUACUAUGACAUGCUCAUAGAGAGGAUCCUGGACACAGGUAUCAGUGUAAGGAAGCGCGUGAUUAAAAUCCUGAGAGACAUCUGUUUAGAGCAGCCCACCUUCAGUAAAAUCACAGAGAUGUGCGUCAGAAUGAUUCGCAGAGUCAAUGAUGAGGAAGGGAUCAAGAAAUUGGUGAAUGAGACAUUCCAGAAGUUAUGGUUCACUCCUACGCCGGCUCACGACAAGGAGACCAUGACCAGAAAAAUUCUCAACAUCACUGAUGUGGUUGCGGCCUGUCGUGACACCGGCUAUGACUGGUUUGAGCAGCUUCUUUCCAAUCUUCUCAAAUCCGAGGAAGAUGCGGCGUAUAAACCUGCCAAAAAGGCCUGCGUUCAGCUGGUGGACAAUCUGGUGGAGCACAUCUUAAAAUACGAAGAGUCUCUCGCAGAGAGCAGGGGUGUGAACUCCACCCGCUUAGUGGCCUGCAUCACUACCUUGUACCUGUUCAGUAAGAUCAGGGCCCAACUUAUGGUCAAACACGCCAUGACCAUGCAGCCUUACCUAACCACCAAGUGUAAUACUGCCAAUGACUUCAUGGUCAUUUGCAAUGUGGCAAAGAUGUUGGAGCUGGUUGUGCCUCUGAUGGAGCACCCCAGCGAGACGUUCCUUGCCACCAUAGAAGAGGACCUCAUGAAGCUCAUCUUCAAAUAUGGCAUGACUGUGGUGCAGAACUGUGUAAGCUGUUUGGGCGCUGUCGUCAACAAAGUGACACACAACUACAAGUUUGCCUGGGCCUGCUUCAACAAAUUCUAUAGUACACUCAAUAGGCUGAAAAGCCAGCAUCAAGAAGAUCCGAACAGCACAACGUUGGCAGCAAACAAGCCUGUAAUACUCCGAGCGUUGUUCACUGUGGGUGCUCUGAGUCGACACUUUGAUUUUGACCUGGAGGAGUUCAAGGGCCCAUCAAAGAUCAUUAUCAAGGAUAAGGUUCUGGAGCUUCUUCUAUACUUCACUAAGCAUGAAGAUGAGAAAGUCAAGACCAAAGCUAUCAAUGGCUUAGGCUUCCUCAUGAUCAUGCAUCCCAGCCAAAUGUUUGUGCCUGAAGUGAAGGCCUUGUACAACGGCAUCCUAGCUGACAGUUCCUCAUCCAUCAACCUCAAAAUCAACAUCCUCAAAAACCUCCAAACAUACCUCCAGGAGGAAGACACAAGGAUGCAGGAAGCUGAUCGAGAAUGGAAAAAGCUUUCUAAACAGGAGGAUCUGAAGGAGAUGGGAGAUAUCUCGUCAGGGAUGAGCAGCUCCAUUAUGCAACUGUACCUGAAGCAGGUUUUGGAGGCUUUCUUCCACUCGCAGUCCAGUGUACGACACUUUGCGCUCAACGUCAUCGCACUCACACUGAACCAGGGACUCAUCCAUCCGGUGCAGUGUGUGCCUUACUUGAUUGCAAUGGGAACCGACCCGGAGCCCACCAUGAGGAACAAAGCCGAUCAGCAACUGGUAGAAAUCGACAAGAAGUACACAGGUUUUAUCCAUAUGAAGGCUGUGGCUGGGAUGAAGAUGUCGUUCAACCUGCAGCAGUCCAUCGAGAUGUCUCGGAAGACCAUCAUUCGAGGUUUCAGGCAGGACGAGACCCACUCGGCGCUCUGCUCCCAUCUUUUCACCAUGAUCCGCACCAACCGGCAACACCGGAGGGCCUUCCUCAUCUCGCUGCUGAAUCUUUUUGAUGACAGCGCCAAGACUGAGGUCAACAUGUUGCUGUUCAUAGCGGACAACCUAGCCUACUUCCCGUACCAGAGCCAGGAGGAACCUCUCUUUAUCAUGCACCACAUAGACAUCUGCCUGUCAGUUUCUGGUAGCAAUCUUCUUCAGACCUUUACAGAGCUUCUGUUAAAAGAGCCAAGGCGGAAAGAAAAGGUGAAGGUGAAAGAGUGGAAGAGCACAUCAGACGGGGAGGAUGAUGAGGAAAGAAUGAACUGCAUCUCCCCUGGGAGCGACAAGGGGCACAACAGCGAAGACGACAACGUGGUGCAGAUGCCAAAAAAGCCCAGAAAACCAGUCGCUGACUCAGACAACUCUGAGUCCGAAUCAGACCUGGACGAUUUGAACGUGGACGAUACAGAACGAGUCAUGAGACGUCUCCCCGACAAUCCCGCUAGCCUCUUGGACUUUGCCAACUCUGUUCAAGGCAUCCUAUUGCUGCUGGUGCUCAAACAGCAUCUGAAGAAUCAGUAUGGAUUCUCAGACGGUAAAAUCCAAAAGUACUCCCCAACGGAGUCAGCUAAAGUGUACGACAAGGCAGUGAACCGAAAAGUCAGCAUUUACUUCCACCCACGACAAACCCUUGACUUCAUCGCCAACAACAUGGCGCGCGCCACGCUAACAGAAGAUGUCAAACGGCGUAUUGUCAAACAGUACCUCGACUUUAAGGUUCUGAUGGAACAUCUGGACCCAGACGAGGAAGACGAAGAAGGAGAAGCGUCGGCAAGCGCCAACAUCCGAAACAAAGCCAUAAAUGCCCUGCUGGGAGGCUCGGGACCCUUGUUGGGACCCAGUCCGCGCAAUCAGGCAGGGCCAGAGACAGAUGACGACUACAGCGACAGUGACGAGCGGAUUCCAGGGUCUUCCCGGAAGUCGAGACGAUCGGGCGACCCGUCGGAUCCGGGCCGAAUGAGCGAGACGGUAGACGUGAUGGACGUGAUCGCUCUGUGCUGCCCCAAGUACAAGGACCGGCCGCAGAUUGCCCGCGUGGUCCACAAGACUCCCAAUGGGUACGCCAUCCAUUGGAUGGCUGGCUCCUACUCGGGGCCAUGGGCCGAGGCCAAAAAGCGCGACGGCCGCAAACUGGUGCCUUGGGUGGACACUAUCAAGGAGUCGGACGUCAUUUACAAGAAGAUUUCCUUGACCAGCAACCACAAACUUAGCAACAAAGUAGUGCAGACUUUACGAUCGCUGUACGCAGCACGAGAAGGAGGAGCGAGCUAAUGGCUCCUGUGCUUUUGUUUUUUGUUUUUGUGUUUUUUAAAUCCAUUUCCCUCUCCUAUCCACUCCCCUGCCGCCUCCACCAACACAGCCAAACUUCACUGGAUUCUCACCUUUUCUCUUCCCCUUCCUCGUUUUUCUAAGAAAACCGCAAGACACUACAUACUUUUACAUGAGUUAUUCUUUGAAAAGGACUUAUUAUUAUUAUUGUUAUUAUUAUUAUUAUAUGAGAGAGACUGCUCAUCUUUGUGAGUAUGUGUACACGUACAGAGAGGAUAUAGAAUCCAGAAGGCAUAUUGAGAGGAAAUAAUAGGCUCCAGUUCAUACUCUUGGAACGCUUUUACAAUGAGAGACCUGGAAGGGGGUCGGGGGGGGCGGGGAAUGUUUGGUCAACAUUGUCAUGGGAGCUCCUUCGCUGUUGUGCAGCCAAUUCUAGUCGCUCGUUUCUACUCCCAAUGUAUCAUAGUUUAACACAAACAGAAAAGCUAAACAAUGUUUAUAUCUCUGAAGACAAAACUGUAAAAAAAAUAAUAAAACCUUAAGUGAAUGUUGGAAAUUAGUCUUUUUGAUGUUCUUAUUAAAGUGUUUUUGGAAUUUAUUAUACUACUAGCACCUGUUUUUUUUUUUUUUUCCUCUCCCUUCCAGCUUUUAGAUAUUUGAAAGAAAAAAAAACAGAGAAAAUAAAUAUUUUUUAUUUUUGUUCACUUGUUUGUCCAUGCUGUACAAUGGCAGAGUCCUCUGAAUAUAAUUUAUUCUAUUUCGAACUACGCAUGCAGUAUAUAUGUGGCCUAUUGCAGAAGGAUAUUUUGUAAAUAUAGAUUUUUGUUGUUUUAGGUCACCUUAGUAAUAAAACUAAAAGGGGAUUCAUAACCUUUUUGGGGUGGAACAAAUACUGCAAUAAAUUUUCUACUUCUCUUUGUCA